CGUCACCAUGAGAGACCUUCAUUACUAUGCCCCAGGUUUACAGCUCAUAUGAAAAUUUCACCUGGUAUCCUUGAGUCUCCCCAGAUGCUCAGCACCAAGUUCCGGGGCUUUCCAGUCAAACAGAUGAGUGAAAACAAGAAAAUUUUCCCAACUCAGAGAAACACCUGGAGAGAUUCAGUCUGUUUUAGAAGAGGACAGAAACAGGUUGUGCAAACAAAUAUACCCAUUCACCAUGAAUAUAAAGUUCCAAAAUUACCUCCAACAAGUUUGGCUUCCAGUGAGGAAGAUCUGGCUGAAGCAAUUAUCCACCCACCUACUCCAUCAGUUAGAAACCAGGAGACCCCUUUAACACAGACUAUUGGAACAGAAGAAAAGAAAAAAGAACCCAAAGAACCUGAGCUCUUAUGGACUAACACAGAAAUGGACAAAGAUACAGAGUUAGAUGAGUUAGACAAGCUUUGGGACAGUGGUUCUCGAUUACUUUCUGAAACAGAACACACUCCCUCAGAUUUCGGUAGGCCGACUUCAAGUAUAAAGAGCAACCAGACACUGUUCAGCUUUGAGAGAGAAACUGACUGGUCAGACACAGAACUUGAAGCAGCCAGUAGCAGUAGCCAAACCUCCAACCAACCCAUUCUACAUCCAGGCUCUCUGUUGGUGGCAAGUGGUUACUGCAGUGGCUUUCUGAGCCCCAGUCUGAUCAGCUCCAGUUACCAUGGCACUGCAAACAUUCUCCAGGCUUCAUCAUAUUCUGUGAAAAAAUGCUCAGGGCAAGCACCUUCUUUCGUAGAAAUUUGGCAUGACCGUCUCCUGCACCACUGGCCUGUUCUUCCACCGAUCUCCCCACAAAGAGGUUAAUAAAUGUUUAUUUUUUUUGCCUGUUUCCAUAUGGUUUGUUCACAGGCUUUUGCUUGUAUGUGUAUGAAUGCUCACUUGCAUUGACUGCUGUGAGGGAAUUGUUCCACGAACGCCGGCCAUCUUCAAAUCAAUGCCUGCACAUAACAACAGAAAGUGCCUCAGAUGUAGUGGUUUCCACAGGACCAUUGUUAGGCUUUUGUGAAGCAUUUUUAAACCUAAUAAAUAAUGUCAAAAGUCUCUAUCCUAGCCAAAAAUGUUCCUUUUGAAACAGCUCUAAUAGUAUUUUUUUGUUCUGUGAUGUCUCCCAGUGUUGUGAAGAAUUUGAGCUUCACAAUGGGAAUCUGGUGUAUCGCGUGCCACUUUGCUACAUGGGUUUUUUUUUUUUUAAUAUAAAGCCUUUUUCUUUUGCCAUGGAGAACUCCCAUCUUUUAACUUAAAUGUUUCUUUUUUUAAAUAAUCAUCUUCAUUUUGAAGGUUACUGUUUUAAAUGAAGCUAAAUGCCACAAAAUACAGUAUGAUCAAAUGUUAAUGAUGCAGGAAUGAAGUGAAGGAAAAUGAAAUAUUGAAUUCAAUUAGAUGCUAUUUCAGUGAGUUUCCUCUGUGUGUUGUUGCGUAACUCAUAAUUAAAUUAAGUCUAAAGCCUUUUGCUUUAUGCACUGAGAAACAAUGAUCACUACGGUCAAAGAUGAUCGCAUUGGUCCUUACCGGCCUUAAAAUCCUUGAAUCUAAAUCCUGAUGACAAUUUAUGGUGAAAGAAACUCUAAUUAAUUGGAUACUCACUACAAUUCAUUAUAUGCCGUGUAGUAUGUAAUAGCAACAAACUCAGAUUGUCCUUAAACAGCAGUUUAAUUUGUAGGUAAUGUCACCAUUUCUAGGAUACAGUAGCCUCUAUUAAAUCAACCUAGCGCUAUGGAGAACAUUUACGAGAUGUAUUUGAUUUCUGUGCAUUGUACUUUGCUUUUUUUGGAUCUGUUGGGAUCUUGAUAUUUGGGGGAAAGUAGAAAGACUUACAUGUGCGUGUCUAAGUCCAGUAUGGUACUAAGGUUACUUCAUAUUGUAAGUAGUCCCUUACUUCUAGGCUAUGAUUCAUUCACAGAAAGUCAGACUGUUUCUAUCUGGCAAUGGAGAUUGCAUUUUGACAUGUUUUAUGGCUACAGUAGUAAUAUAUAUUAUAUGAUAUAUAGACAGGCUACCUUCUGUGUUAGCAGGGAACAAGACGAGGCCCAAAAUAAAAUUUAAGUCACUGCAACUGUAUUACAGCGUAUAAUUCUAGGCAUUGGCACUGAUACAUUUAAGCCUCUAAUAUUCUGAACUAUAGUUCAGCUGAUUUUUGUUGGUGUUCAUUUUCUUGUGUAGUCCACAUUUACAAAAUGUCACUGCACAUCCAUGCACCAUUGUUAGGCCCUGAGCUUUGGCAAUUGUUACAACAGGAGG